GUCCUCAGCCCUUAGCUUCCAAGGCCAGCCUGGGCCCCCCAGCCUGCGCCCCCACUUUCUGCUGCUGCUGCUGCUGCUUUCAGCUAGUCCCAUGGACCCCCGAACCUUGAAGCCGUCUCUGUCCCCAGUGCUGCAGAACCGGCCCUUCCUGGUGGUAUGGAACGCUCCCACCUCCCGCUGCCGUACUGCCUUCGGCCUGCCCUUGCCCCUUGAGCCCUUUGGUGUGGUAGCCAAUGACCAGGAGGCCUUUGCGGGGGGCAACAUCACCAUCUUCUACCAGCAUCAGCUAGGGCUGUACCCACACUACCAGGCGGCCCCAGCUCCAGUGCCUCUGCCAGUGCACGGGGGCUGCCCCCAGAAUGCCAGCCUCCGUGCCCACCUGGAUGCCAUGGAACGUGACCUGGAGGCCGCCAUCCCCUCCCGGGCCUUCUCUGGCCUUUCUGUCAUUGACUGGGAGACCUGGCGUCCUCUCUGGGUCCGGAACUGGGACAAGAAGGGGGUCUACCGCACCAUGUCCGCUCAUCUGGUUCGCCAGCGCUACCCCAGCUGGCCCCAGGGUCGGGUGGAACUCCAAGCUCAGUGGGAGUUUGAGACCGCGGCUGCCCGCUUCAUGUCCGAGACGCUGCGCCUGGCGAGGGCACGGAGACCCGGGGGUUGGUGGGGCUACUACCUCUUCCCUGACUGCUACAACUACCACUACUGGGAGGACUUUGAAAACUUCACGGGGCAUUGCCCAGGCAUCGAACGGCAACGCAAUAAUGCCCUGCUCUGGCUCUGGGAGCAAAGUCGGGCCCUUUACCCCUCCAUCUACCUGGAGGAGGUACUUCAAGGCUCAGCCCAGGGUGAGCGCUUUGUGAGGGCCAAAGUAUGGGAGGCCCUGAGGGUGGCUGAACUGCCCCCCUCCACCAGCUACUCGCUGCCCGUCUUUGUCUACGCCCGACCCUUCUACUCCUAUACCCUGAAGGAGCUGGCACAG